GCCCCCAUUCCCGCCAAAAAAAAAAAACUCUUUUGUCUAAUAUUGACCCCAAUGUCGCGUCAUCACCAUCAUCAUUAUCCUUAUCAACGUCAUGAUGCCGACCCGCCCUUGGAGAAGACGAAGAGGAAGGAGGAGCAAGCAGAGGAGGAGGAGAAGGAGGAGGAAGAGGAUAAGGAAGAGCAGGACAGCAGAAUGCUAGAUUGGUGGGGGAUAUUAAUAGCAACAAGAAGAGGAGGAGGAGGAGGAGGAGGAGGAGGAGGAGGAGGAGGUGGAGGACGAGCAGAAGGAGAGGAGAAUGAGGAGGACGGCGAUGGACACAGCGCGGAGCAGAGAGAAGAGGAGUGGCAGGAGGAGGAGGAGGAGGAGGAGGAGGAGGAGGAGGAGGAGGAGGAGGACGUGGAGAAGGAGAAGGCGGCAUGCAUGCCUGACGAAACUGGGGCAUCAGGGGGCAGCCACGCCCCGCCCCGUCACGAAAUGGCGACGAUGCCUCCGUGGCAUCUGUAGUUCAUCGAACACAGAUGCCUCCGUGGCAAAAUUGUGGAACUACAAAAGAAGAAAGGGGUACGAAAUAAACCAGCGGGUUUACG